CACCUUGUAUUUAGUGUGUUUAAUAUUUCAAAAUGAAAAAGUUAAUAGGUAUAUUGUUUUUAGUAACCAUACAAAUUUCUAUGUUCUUAUGUAUAGAGAUUCAUUCGAAGGGUAAUAAAGCCGAAGUACUUUUAUUCAGAGACUUUGAAUAUCUCCCUAUUAAUAUGACCCUUUAUAAAGAUGUAGACUUUAAACUACCAUUUACCACGAUCUACUACAAUUGGAGUGAAGCCUUUUUUAGAGAUCCCUCCUACUUUAUCAAUGCUACUGCAUACUCUACAAAUAGUUCGCUAUAUUGGGGAUCAAGAAUGAAAGCUUGUGCAAGGCACAAUGCCAAAAACAUUACCGUUUGCGAUUUCCAAAGUAAUGACUUUUACGAUAGUAUGUUUAGAGCAACCAAUGUAACAUUCCUUACUAAUCCUCCAACAAGAGGUGCUAUAGUCAAUAUAUCCGGAGAAUACAUGAGAUGUGGUUGUAGAGAUUUAAAUAAACUAUUGAUUUACAAACCAGGCACUUACAGCGAAUAUGUUUAUACCUAUGUGGCCGGUGAUCCUUAUGACCCCUAUUACAAUCCAAACCUUCUUACCGCGACAAUUAUACCUGGUUAUGGGAAAGGAAAAGUAUGCUUCGACUUUAAUAGAGGUCAAUGUGCCUUUUUUUAUUACCAAUCACCAACAAUUUCAUCCACUCUAUAUGAUGCAUCGAAUCAGCAAUUAACAAUUAAUGGUGCCAAUUUUUUCAACUCAUCCAACGCAGCUUCCAUAUUAAUAGACAAUGUACCAAUAAACUCCAGUGAAAUAGUAUCUAUCGAUCACGAGCUAAUUGUACUCAACUUCACUUUCAAUUACACCCAAUCCUUAAAUCUUUCUGUCUCAAUCGGUAUAUUAUCAGCCAAUAAACCUAUCGAAAUUCCACCAAACCCAACAUCCUAUUCUACCAAUAUCACACAAUAUAACGAAGGUAUAGUUGUAAUCAACGGUACAAACCUCAUUUCGUCAUCAGACCAAAAUAAUAUUGUCAUAACAGUCGACAAUAAACCAUGUACAGCAACUCAACCUUUUGAUACCACAUCCAUCACCUGUAAACUCUCGAAUGAAGCAGCAGAUACAAAACAACAUCAACUAAAAUUAUGCGUAAAUAAUAUUUGUUCAUUGAAAAACUUAGUAUUUGAAUAUGCAAAACCUUUUAUAGCAUCAAUUACCCAAAACGGCACAAGCUUCUCUGUAAGAGGUACAAGCCAAGGUAGUACCAAACACAACUCUACUGUAUUGGAAAUUACAUAUAACACCAAUCAAAAGAUUACUAUAUUACCAAACUCUAUCUCACCUGAUGAAACUAUUGCCGAGUUCACCGUUCCAUUCUUUUGCGGAAAUGCAAGCGCACAAUUAAUUGUAAAUGGUGUUAAAUCGAACCAAUCCCCAAUUACCCCAGAACCAUUUAUAAAACCAAUAUCAUCCCCAUCAACUGAUGGAAAGAACCCAUUAAAUGUUUUACUUUAUUACUAUGAUUGUAAAUACUAUAACAAUAAACCAGUAUUGAAAUAUUUAAGCAUGCAAGUGACUGGUGAAAACGCUAACAAUACCUAUUCAUUUAACGUUAAACAAGGAACUGGUAAAAAACAAGCCCUCAUCACAUUUGCUGAUAAAGAUAUCCCUGUAGAAUAUUCAUAUGCUAAAGCAUUAGUAUCAAAUCAUAGUGUAGUAUUUGAUGAUCCUCUAAGUACUGUUACUCUUAAUGGAAAUAAUUUCGGUACAAACUCAUCUUUGUGCAAUCUUACCUAUAAAGGUGUUUCAAAAACAUGCGUCGUUAUAAAUGAUUAUCAAAUUAGUUUCAAAAUCGAUGUUUUAGAAAUCUCUGCAAAUAUUGUGAUCACAAUUGAUGGUAUUCAAUCUGAUAACUAUACCAUGGAACUAGUAAAAUGCCAACUUGCAAAUGACCAUUCGUUUCCGACCUCUUUUGGGUGCCUCUCUUCGAAUCCUGUAGUUCAAUACUAUUGCGACAGUUUAACCACAUUCACUGCAAACACCGACCCAUAUAAACUUUUACAUGCCACUUUUGAUGAUCAAAAUACAAAUAUAACUAUUAAUGGAAAUAAUGUUUCAAUACCAGUUAAAGAAGGCGCAAAAACAUCAACAUUAAAAUUAUAUUUAAAUGGUUUGUUCUCCAAGUCAUAUAGUAUUGUAAGAGAAAAAGGUAUUGUUUACAAUUCAAAACUCUCCUAUAAAGAAAACAAAGGUUUGAUAAUAUUGGAAUUUAAUGGAAUGAAUUUUGGAACACCUUUGGUUAUUAACUUACCAACCCUUUUCAACACAUCAUUUGGUAUGGACAACUGCACAUUAUCAUAUCAUGGCACUGGUGAUAACAAAAACUGCACCAAUGAUUUUAUCAAAUGUCAACUCACUCUACCAAAUGAUUUUAACAAGACUCUUUUAGCUCAGGAUGAAACCACCAAUACAACUCUUUCCAUCCCAUUCUCAUUGAAGGUUGGUGACAGCUUUAUUAACUCCACCAUAAGCAACCUUGAAAAAUCAUCAAAUGAAAAGAGCAAGAGAACAAAAACAAUUGCAUUAGCAGUAACCCUACCAAUAGGUUUAACUUUACUUACUGCAGGUGGUGUAUUUGGUGCUUGGAAAUAUCAUCAAAACAAAAUUGAUAAUAAAAAGAAGAAAAAUAUAGAAAGCAGUGACAGUAAUAUUAAUGAUGAAGAAAAAAAAAAUUAAACUAAACCCUAUCAAAUAAUCAAAUAAUCAAAUAAUCAAAUGUAUUUAUAUUUUUAAAAUAAAAUAAUAAAAACCUUAUUUAUAU